AUGGCGGAGCAAGAAGAAACACCGACGACCACCUACAAGAUUUUCAACAGCGGUGAUGGUGAUGGGGCGGAGGCAGCGGUUUUAAAGAAAGGGAAGUGGACAGAGGACGAGGACGAGAAAUUGAGAAGAGCUGUGGUGGAAUAUGGGGUCGAGAACUGGGUAGCCAUAGAGAAAUAUUCGGGUUUGGCAAGGCAGUCGAAGAGUUGCAGGCUCCGAUGGAUCAACCAUUUAAGGCCUAAUCUCAAGAAAGGUCCUUUCACAGAAGAGGAAGAAAGAAUUAUCAUCAAAUUGCACUUUAAAUAUGGCAACAAAUGGUCUCGCAUUGCCUCCAAGAUACCUGGGAGGACAGACAAUGAAAUAAAGAAUUUCUGGCACAAGAGAGUGAAGAAAUGUAGAAAACAUCAUCGUCUUAUUUACCCAGUAUGCAUAGAAGAUGAUGAUGAAAUCCCUGCAAAUAUAGACAACACCAACAAUGAGAAACAUUACGCUGCUGACGAAAUAAAUGUCGAUGAUGAAUGCUGGCUAGAUGGCAAUUGUACCCCCACCAAUUAUCCCGACAAUACGAUCCAUUCACAUUCACAUUCCAUUCACUUACUUGAUCGAUCUCAAUAUUCCUCGCAUAAUCUACCAAAUACUACACAUUUUCAAACUCAACAGGCGUCAAUCUCGCCUCGACCAUUGAUCACUUCACCACAAGAUGAACAACAUUACCAUAACUCGACUCAGAGACAUUUCCGACCCAAUGCUCAACUGCAAUCCCUCGUAGAAACAUCAUCUCCGAUUCAAGGUUCUCCAUUAAUGCAGCAAGGUGUUGCUAAUGCUCUCAUCAAACCUUUCAGGAAUACUCAAAUUCUUUCCUCUCCAAAAGGGAAAUUCAGGAGGUUUCAUAGAGCCACCAGUCUACUGUCUCCACGGGGUCACUCUGUCUCACCGUCGACAUCUUCAAUGUUGGAUUCAUCAACCAUGGAGUCACCGAGAUCCUCAUUUAAACCCAAAUUACUGACCCAUGUAUCCUCCUUGCCUUCUCUUCAAAUAAGUACAACGACUGCAACUUCAACUUCUUCUGUCCCACCUCUCAACCUAGAAUCGCCUACCUCGGUGACAUCAUUAUCUGGACUCAAACUCGAUUCACCAACCCCCGCACCAGUUUCUCCUCUCAAAUUUCAAUCGUCCACCAGUGCAGCUUCAGAUUUUUGUUUCCAUCCAAAUUUAUCAAACGUGUAUUCAUCCGGUGCGUUAAAUCCAUCAACUGCAGCACCUACACUUUCUUCUUCAAAUUCGAAACCAGUACCUUUAAGCCUGGAUCUGCAGCCAAUUCAACCAAGCCCAUCUCAUUCUUUUCAAGUGACCAAUCUGAAUCCCUCGUUUACUCUCAAAUCAGAGCUCCCUUCAAUCCAAUUUUCUUCACCACCAGAACUUUACUUACAUAAAGCAAAAAGUGAUGGCAAUUUGGAGGUCCUAGAUGCACAAAAAGCAGCACAGGCAAAGGCAAGGUUCCGGAGGAAGAACUUGCGGCAGAGCAGAAUUUCAAAUAAAAAACUGAAGGAAAUAUCUAGGAAAGAAGACACCUCAAGAGCAAGUACAAAGGCAGAUGAUAAGAUGGACAGAGCAUUGGACAGAUAUUCAAAUAAGAGUUCACGGAGAGAGUGCUUACCGAGUUCAAGCUCAAGAACAGAAGCCACACACGCCAAAAACUCAACAAGAGAUCUGUUGAAAAUCAUCUCACAUAAAAAUAGUGUUACGAGUGAUCUAUUAAGAGAUUUAUUAGUUGAAAGUGCAAGUCAAGAAAAUGUAUUGUGCGAACUGCUAAAAUCAGAAAAUCCAAGCUAUAUGCCAGAGGUUCUAUGGAGCCAAAACCCAAACACUGAAGAGCCAAUACUGGGGGAAAGCUCAGAAACAAAUAUACUGUCAGAUAAAAGAUUGCACAGAGAAAUGGAUUCAAUAGCUGAAAAUAUGACCUUCCAGGAACAAGCAUACGAGGCUAAUUUAUUGGAUCCAGUUAACAGAAAAACCAAUACAAACACUCCUUUAAACUUGGAUGGCACAUUGCAUCCCAUACAACUUCCAGCAGGCAACUUUGUGUGUGAAUUCAGAAGCAGAGAAUGCCCGUCUAGCAAAUGCUCACAAAUAUUUUAUUCACAGGAAAGUUUCUCGAUGGAGGAUUUGUUUGGACAAAAUUCUGGGACGGAGCAAGUUCCUGUUUUCGAUGCGUUUGGUCCACUCUACAGCCAAAGCACUACUACUACACUGUUAAAAUCAGGUGAUGAGAUUGGCAAAUUAAGCUGUCUUCAACCUAUUGAUGAUGAAUACUUUCGUAGUGGAUCAAAAACAAAAUACACAGAUAGCUUGGUGAGAAAAUUUACUGAAGAACAAAGCCGCCAAAAGGACGAUGGUGAAAAAUUGGAACUUCAUGAAUCGAACCUGUUAUAUCAUCAAUAUCCUACUGUCAAUCUGAUAGAAUCUGGCUGUGUGGUGACAGACCCAAGCAUAAAAUCUGAACUUCAGGAAGUCAGGGCCGGCUCGGGAACAGAAUGUUCAUCAAGUAAAAACCUUGAAACGAGAAUAUUCCUGGAUCAAAGCUUUUACCCGGAAAGAUUAAUGGCUACACAAGAGCAAAAGCCUUUAACAGAUGGAGUCGUUCCUGCUGUUAGCCAAAAUACCAUAACUCACUAG